AUGAGUAAUUCACCUACUAGUUCUUUAAACAAUAUCGACGGAACAUCAAAUUAUGGUGCGGAUAUUUGUCGUGUUUGCUUGACAGCCAACCAGAAUUUAAUUCCUAUAUUUUUAGAAGAAGAGAAUUAUUUUAGUGCUGAAAGCAGCAUUUAUAAUAUGUUCACUUCAUGUACAGGUCAAAUUAUAUCAUUGGACGACCAGUAUCCAAAACAUAUUUGCUUCCUCUGUCUCGAACAAUUAUACAGCUCAUAUGACUUUUGGAAAAAGUGCCAAAAUGCUUUAGAAAAAUUGAGAGAAAUUGAGGAACAAAAUACUUUCUAUUUCGAAGAAGAACGUGAUGGUAUUUUAGAACAGUUUGAGAUUUAUAAAGAAGACAUUUAUAGUGAAACCACGGUAAAUAUACCAGAUAAUAUAAAAGAAAGUCAUUGUGAAGAUAGUGUUAUAGUAAAAGAAGAAGAAAGUAUAAAUCAGUUUCAGAAUAAAUGUGAAGAUAGUGUUAUAGUAAAAGAAGAAGAAAGUAUAAAUCAGUUUCCGAAUAAAUAUUGCAAUAACAAUUCAAGUAGUCAAACAUACCUUCUGAUUUUUAAACCACAAAAUGAAACAAAUUCUUCGAGCAAUGAAAAAGAAAAUCAGAAACCUAAACCAAAACAAAAUGAAAAUUAUGAAGCAAACUACAAGUCAAGCUAUCGUUGUAAGAAAUGUGAAUUGGAUUUUAGUAAUAAGGAUAAAUAUUCUGAGCACGUGAAACAACAUAAUUGCAUAUUAUGCCAUAUUUGUGGUUAUCUGAGCAGGAAUAUUUCUAGUUUUCAAUUUCAUGUCCUUGGACAUUCUAAUAUAAGGCCAUUUAAAUGCAAUGCUUGUGAAAAAAGCUAUAAAACUAAAACCAUGCUAAAUAAACAUAAGCUAAGCCAUCAAAAUGAGAAAAAAUAUAAAUGUAAAUAUUGUGGUGAAAAUUUUACUAAUACUAACAGGAGAUAUUAUCAUAUUAAAAUGAUCCAUGACAAUAAUUACCCUCAUGCCUGUGAGAUAUGUCCUAAAACAUUCAAACUAAAAAACCAUUUAAUAAAUCAUAGGAUGAUACAUACAGGCGAACGUCGUUAUCCCUGCACAAUGUGCCCUAGUGCAUUUACAACAAGUAGUGGUCUUAGAAAUCAUACAUAUACACAUACCGGAGAAAAAAAAUUCUCAUGCACUUUAUGUGAUAGACGAUUUACUAGAUUACAUACUUUGAAAAAUCAUAUGGUGUUUCAUACAAGAGAACGUAGAUAUAAAUGUGAUAAAUGUGGAAAAACUUAUACGCAAAGGCAUGGAUUGAGGAGACAUAUGAAAAAAAAGCACGAGUUGGGAAAGUAAAAUGUGAUUGAAA